CAGGGGUGAGGUUUCCUCUGUUAGCUCUGCUGUGUGGUGUAAACUCUCAUCCUUCCUCCGUCUGUUCAGUGCCUCUGUGUCACUCUGAGCCAUGGGCCUAUGUUCUAAACUGGAAAGCCUCCUGUUUUUCCUUGAGCUUUACGGGAUCUGUUCAGGAUUUCUACAAGAGAUCUGUACCAACUACAAGCUCCAGUUUGAGAGGGUUUUCUCUGUUCCCGGGGAGGUAGCUAUGCUGAAUAGCACCUUGGUGUCUCCAGAUGUCUUCAACUUCACCUCAGUGCCUUAUAACAUCACCUGGUAUGAGUCAAAGACUGGCAGAGAGCUGAGCAACCAGCCUGGUCAAAUCCUGGUGCAAAGGGAGACUCUGUGGUUGCUUAACGUGGCGCUGGACGACGACGGGGAAUACAUCACCAUAGUGAGGACUCCUACUCGGUGCUACAGGCAGACCACCAGGCUGGAAGUGAAUCAGCCAGAUGCUGGAGAGUGUGUGAGGCCAAAAAAAGCUGGUCAAACGCUUAUGGAGGGAGUGGAUGACAGUCUGUCCUGCCCUCUGAAAGACGAAAUCAAGAAACUGGACAGCUACAACAUCACUUCCUCUAUCAAGUGGUACAAAGAUUGUAACCUCAUAGUAGAUGGGGAGGACAAUAUUACCUACUGGGACAAGACCAAACUGAUGAUUAAAGGGGUGAUGCAAAACCACAACGGCUUCUACACCUGCAUUCUUACCUUCACGCUUGGUGGCGUCACAGGAUCUGUGUCAGAGACCAUUGAAGCUUGGGUCAAAGAGGAGUAUUGUUUGGUUCCGGAAGUGCAGGAACCAGCCAAUGAAAUCAUCAAGGCAGAGAUGGGGUCCAGUUUCAAGCGGAGGUGCCUGGUGUUUGUGGCGGGUGGCGGGUGGCCCAUGAUUGAUAUCUUUUGGUUGGUCAGAAACGAAUUAGUUUUCAGCACUGACCCCUCUGACCAUUUCUACACAUCAGAAACACGUAUGUGGAGUCAGGACAGUCCCAGAAAAGGUGUGUGGUUGGAGCGGAUGCUGAUGUUUUCUAAGCUGACGGAGAAGGAUUUCAACAUCAACUAUACCUGUCGCGCAUACAGUCACCAGGGAAAUCCUGUGGGAUAUUUUACUCUGUUACCAGCAGAGCCCGACCUCAUACUUCCCAUGGGAUUGGUGUUUGGUGGUGUGACGGUUCUCUUUAUCAUCAGUGUCAUCGUCUACUACCUUUUCAAGGUUGACAUUGUGCUGUGGUUCAGAUGAGCAUUUCCCAUCUUCUAUACCAAUACAGGUAACAUUACACUGCAGUUUUGUAAUUAGUAAUGUGCUCUUUUUUACAUAAAGUAUGCAAUGUAAUAAUGCCAGCCCACACAAAAAAUACUCAAACACUCCAAGAUGGAAAAACCCACAGUGAUGGUUUGACUUCUCAUCACACACACAUACAGUACCCCCACAUACAUCACAACUAUCAUACCAGAGCGCAUGUGUCAACAGUGAGAGCGAACAAAGGAAACCACAGGGCCACCUCCACUGCUUCUGAUCAAAUGUCAUCUUCUGAGUAUGCAGCAGAAGGACCUUUUAACAGCCGUGACAUUAGCUAGCUUUGUGGCUAACUACAGAAAUAAUUUAGUAACAGUUAAAGUGCAGCAUGUGUUUUCCAGCAGCUGUCAGCACUAAAAAUGCUAGGGCUGCUGUUCAUUUACUCACUAGAACAGUCUUACUGACUGUUUCACAAAUAAAUGUGGCUUUACACCACUCAACUACUGUGCUGUAUGAGAGGAGGUGACUGACCGCAGUGACUAGCUUACUGUAGAAACACAGGCUGACAGGACUGCUGUCAGACUUAUUUGGGUCAUACAAAAAAGAAGAAAUGAGGGGGCAUGGCUUAAGAUCACUCAAGUAACAUAUUUCACAUGUGAAUGAGCACCUUAUCAUGAAGACAUGUAACAGACCAACAAAUGCUGAUUAUGUUCUUCUUACCACUGCUUACCGAGACAUAUCAGUAUCAGAGGUUGAAAACCAUUUUUUCUCACCUGAGCAAAAACACCAACCACUAAAUAGCCUUUAGCAUUACUUACAAUGUUGAAAGGUAAACCUAAUGAGAUUUGAUAAGGGAUUCAGAAGGAUUCCGAUUCAAUAAAUGGAUUUGAUACCAGAUUUGAGUUUGAUUUAAUGCUAUCGAACCCCACACCUACAUGCUUAUAGGGUUUUAUCCAGUGUUUCAUAUGCAAACGCCUCUGGAUCAGGAUUGACUCUCUACUGCCAUGGGACACAAAUUAUCCACCACAUACUGGAUGUUGAGGAUGUAUGGUGAGGAAACUCUGGGUAACUAAAGCUUUGAAACAAGAUUUAUUGAUGAAUGUCUUUUAUGGAUGAGGGUCUUUGUAUAAAAGCUUGACAAUUUUGUCAAUAAAUGGAACAUUUCAAAAGGAAACAGA